GUUUCUUCCAAGUUUGGUUUGGUCUACCUGCAGGCCUCAUUCUUCAACAAAGACAGUCAAUUACGUUCAUCGUUAUCACAUCUUGACACAUUUGACACUCCGAGUCCUCAAAAAAAAAAAUGAAUUCAUUCAAUUCUGUGAAGCUUUCACAACUCUAAAUCACCCAAAAGAAAGAACAAGAAGAAGAGGAGGAUUGUGCAGAGUUGAUGAUGACAGAGGACGAAACCGAUUCAUGGAGAGUUUGUUUGAUCAUGGUCCUGCUCUUGAUUAUCACAGGAACAGCAGUAGUUGCAGGAGAUUCUCUGGACACGGACAGAGAUGUCCUGAUGAAUCUGAAAACAUUCCUUGAACAAGGAAACCAGGUGAACAGAGGAAGAUACUCACAAUGGAACAAGUUUGGCUCCAAUCCCUGCAACUGGGAUGGAGUAUUUUGCUCACUUGAUGGAACAAGAGUCACUGGUCUUGACCUUACUGACAAUAACAUCUCCGGGAAGAUUUUCAGCAACUUCUCCGCCUUGACACAGCUCUCCCACCUCGAUCUCUCGAAGAACACUCUCUAUGGUUCUAUACCAGAUGACUUCACUACAUGCCACAACCUUGUUUACCUCAAUUUGUCACAUAAUAUUCUUGAAGGGGAACUCAACUUGACUGGGUUGUAUAGUUUGGAGGUUCUUGAUUUGUCUGUCAAUAGGAUUGGAGGCGAUAUCGGGUUGAGCUUUCCAGCGAUUUGCAGCAGAUUGAUCGUCGCCAACAUUUCGAACAACAAUCUGAAUGGGAGUAUCAGUAAUGGUACAUUUGAUGGGUGCUUGAAUUUGCAGUAUCUUGAUAUUAGCUCCAACAGCUUAAGUGGGGGCUUGUGGAAUGGAUUUGCAAGGCUGAAGGAGCUUUCAGUUGCAGAAAAUCAUCAGCUUGGGGGAGAGAUCUCAGACUUGUUUUUUUCUGUUGAUACUUGCAAUCUUGAAGUUCUGGACUUAUCGGAGAAUAGCUUCGUUGGUAGCGUGCCAGGGUCGAUAUCCAAUUGUCGUAACCUGGUGAUAUUGAAUCUGUCUCGAAACAAGUUCACCGGACAAAUUCCAUCUCAGCUUGGUUCUGUUACUAGUCUUGAAGCUUUGUUCUUGGGAAGCAACAAUUUCUCAAGAGAUUUACCCGAGUCGCUUCUUAACUUGACCAAGUUAACAUUCUUGGAUUUGAGCAACAACACAUAUGGAGGAGAUAUACAGGACAUUAUAGGUAGAUUCACCAAUGUGAAGUUUCUUGUGCUUAAUGGGAAUUCAUACACCGGUGGAAUAGACUCUUCAGGUAUUCUUAAGCUGCCGAAUGUUUCUCGAUUAGACCUCAGCUAUAACAAUUUCUCAGGUUCAUUACCUGUUGAAUUCUCUCAAAUGUUGAGUUUGAAGUUCUUGAUUCUUGCUUACAAUCAAUUCAAUGCUACCAUUCCUUCCGAAUUCGGAAACUUGCAGAACCUCCAAGCUCUCGAUCUGUCCUUCAAUAGACUAAGUGGAUUCAUUCCAUCCUCACUUGGAAAACUGGACUCUCUUCUCUGGUUGAUGCUCGCGGACAACUUACUCACAGGCAAUAUUCCGCGAGAACUGGGAAACUGCAGCAGUCUGCUAUGGCUAAACCUUUCAAAUAAUAAGCUGUCAGGAACUAUCCCUCCUGAACUGAUGAAUAUCGGAAGAAACGCCACGGCAACAUUCAUGUCCAACAGACAAGAUGACAAAAUGAUUUUAGGUGGCAGUGAUUGUUUAGAAAUGACAAGGUGGAUUCCGGCAGACUACCCUCCAUUCAGUUUUGUGUACACCAUACUCACAACUAAGAAGUGCAGGAGCCUUUGGGAUCAGUUGCUCAAAGGUACUGGUAUUUUCCCAGUGUGUGCUCCAGAGUCAUCUGUCCGGACAUUUGAAAUCUCUGGUUAUCUUCUUUUAAGUGGGAAUAGAUUGUCCGGAAAGGUCCCGGUAGAACUAGGUAACCUGAAAAACUUUAGUAUGCUGCACUUGGGUUUCAAUGAAAUGUAUGGGGAGAUUCCUCCAGAGAUUGCACAGGUGAGACUUGUGGUAUUUAAUGUAACCCAAAACAAGUUUUCCGGCGAAAUUCCGACUGAACUAGGAACUCUAAAGUGCUUACUGAAUCUUGAUUUGUCUUACAACAACUUCUCCGGCGCAUUCCCUGCGAGCUUGAACAACCUGACUGAUCUAAGCAAGUUCAACGUCUCAUACAAUCCAUUGAUUUCUGGUGUAAUCCCAACAACUGGUCAAUUAGCUACUUUUGAAAAGGAAUCCUACCUUGGUGAUCCAUUCUUGGUCCUCCCUGAAUUUAUCAGGAAUUCCACCAACAACACAACCGGAAAGACAAAAUCCGGUGGAAGAGAUGGAAAGCAUACGAUGUGGACGUCAUUUUUGGUGUCAUUGACAUUAACUUUUAUUUUCUUAACAUUUGGAGUUCUGGCAAUCAUAGGCUUCAUGUAUGUGAAAAGCCCCGCAGAAACAGCAGGAUAUCUAUUAGAGGAAGCUAAGUACUCACAAGCGUUUGCAGCCAGUUCUUCAGGGUCGUCGCCAUGGUUGUCAGAUGCGGUGAAGGUCAUCCGUCUGGACAAAACUGCAUUCACUCAUGCAGACAUUUUGAAGGCUACUGGUAAUUUCUCCCACAGCAGAGUGAUAGGCAGGGGAGGAUCCGGCACAGUCUACCGUGGAGUACUGCCUGAUGGCAGAGAAGUGGCAGUGAAGAAACUACAGAGGGAAGGAACAGAGGGCGAAAAGGAAUUCCGAGCAGAAAUGGAAGUCCUUAGUGGAAAAGGCUUUGGCUGGCCACACCCAAAUCUUGUAACUCUAUAUGGGUGGUGUCUUGAUGGUUCAGAGAAAAUAUUAGUGUAUGAGUACAUGGAAGGUGGGAGCUUGGAGGAUCUUGUACCAGACAGAUUAAGGCUAACAUGGAAAAGGCGUAUCGAUAUAGUAAUCGACGUUGCAAAAGCACUUGUAUUUCUUCAUCAUGAGUGCUAUCCUGCAAUUGUGCACCGCGACGUGAAGGCGAACAAUGUGUUACUCGAUGAGGACGGAAAGGCAAGAGUAACAGAUUUCGGCCUGGCCAGAGUUGUUGGAGCUGGAAAUAGCCAUGUGAGUACAAUGGUGGCUGGUACAGUUGGAUAUGUAGCACCAGAAUAUGGACAAACAUGGAAGGCUACGACGAAAGGUGACGUGUACAGCUACGGAGUAUUGGUGAUGGAACUGGCGACGGGAAGACGAGCAGUGGAUGGGGCAGAGGAGUGUCUGGUGGAAUGGGGUAGAAGAGUGAUGGGAUACGGACACGGGCAAAGAACAAUGAUUCCUGUGGUCGUUUUGGGUUCGGGAUUGGCUGAAGGUGCAGAGGAGAUGUGUGAGCUGCUGAGGAUUGGAGUAAGGUGCACUGCAGAGGCACCACAGGCCAGACCAAACAUGAAGGAGGUUCUAGCUAUGCUGAUCAAGAUAACGACUAGUUCCAGAGGGAACUCUCUCUCAAGAAACGAGUAAAAGUCUGUAUCCCAGACUGGAAGAAGAGAAAAUGUUCAUAUUCUAUCUGUUUGCACCAACUCCUCCACAUUCAAAAUUGAAAUAAAAAUACGAUAACAAGGAUGAAAA